AUGAGUAUCGUUCAAGAUUUAUGCUUUGGAGAUCAGCACAUCAGAAGAGGCGUGCAAGGUUCACAUAAAAUUCAUGGUAGCCGAUUGAUCGCAAGUACCAAACUAUGUAUCGACAAACAUUGGGUUGAGAGUAGCAGUAAUCAAUGGCCCCCAUUGACCGAAUCGCACCUGAACUUCCUCAUCCAGCGCUUCGGACUGUGCUCCCCUUUACAGGAAAGAAUAACCCACUUUUCAAUCGACGCCAUCUUACAAGCAACCACAAUCUACCUCGACAAAACGGGAUGGACCAACAGGCAUGAAGACAGGCUUUGGGAGAAACUCAACCUGAAGAUCGGUUACCUACAUGCUGGAUUAACAGGGCAGCGAGACCAAGCUAUGGUAGACCACUAUUGCAAGGCAAGGCUGUACUCUCAUACGAUGCAUAAGAAGAAUCUGCCGACUCUGUCAUUGUACCGGAAUGAGAACUUGCAGAUGUCGCCAUACCGUCAACAGCUACCUCAUGCAUCGAGUCCAACUUUUCAGCCUACUGGAUAUACCGGGCGCACCGAGUCCCAGUACAGACCUGAGGUGAAGUCACAGCCUGUCAGGCACGCCAUGGAACUUUGGAUGUCGCUGAGUGCAAACGAGCAAGCGGACCUUCUCCGCUCACAACUUCGCGCCGCAAAGAACUUUAACACCCUGGCUAUGGUUGUGAAUCAGCAAUGCAAGACUUAUCAAGCUUCAAGAGCAAGGCGAAGCAGUCACGGGUCUCCGACCAAGACCUGCCACCCACUGGAUAUAAACAUUCCGAAUUCUAAAACGAAUACACAUACAAAUGCGCUGAGCAUAAGAACGGACAUAUCUCCAUCCUCAACGAUGACACCAAAAGCCAAAGAAUCAGCCAGCUCCAGUGGAAUUUCAAAAUCACCAGGGAUUGUAUUCGAUGGUCUCCCAUCGCCGACUGCGACGCCCCUGGAAGAACCAUGGAGCGCAACACCAUUUUCUCCCAGCCAUAGCGAUAAAGUCACCAGCCCUCUGCACAGUAUAGAUGACGACAUUCAGGAGAUAAAUGAGAUUGAUUUCACGGAAAAUGCCCCGGAGUCAAAGCAGGCACCUCUGACUGGCAAGUCCCUGGACGUCAAGUCAACAAUUGACCAAUGCAUCCGAGAGCUGGAGCUGAAGAGGAAGAGAGAGAAAGAUACUGUUCAGGAAGAAAAGGAGAAGAGUGACGAGGCAAAGGAGGAUGCGGAGCUAAGGCAGGAGGACGAAGGAAAUAUGAUACAGAGUGUUGAGGAUGAAGAAUCGGAAGAAAGAAAGAAGAGAUGCAAACUACAAGUAGAAAUCUGA